CUAUAAAAUAAACCCAACCUUCCCUCUCCAUUUCAAGAAUCUCUCUGUUUCUUUUGUUUUUUUUUUUUUUUCUCUCAGAAUCUUAAAAAGAUGGAAAAACAUAGCUCAAUUAAGAACAGAGGACUGAGAUUACCACCUGGGUUCCGGUUUCACCCGACCGAUGAAGAGCUAGUGGUUCAGUAUUUGCGUCGAAAAGUGACCGGUUUACCCUUACCAGCUUCUGUUAUACCGGAAAUCGAUAUAUGUAAAGCCGAUCCAUGGGAUUUACCAGGUGAUUGUGAUUCAGAAAAGUACUUUUUUAGCACGAGGGAAGCCAAAUACCCAAACGGAAACCGGUCGAACCGGUCAACGGGUUCGGGUUACUGGAAAGCGACUGGAAUCGACAAGCAAAUCGGAGGGAAGAAGCUUGUGGGGAUGAAGAAAACUCUGGUUUUCUACAAAGGGAAACCACCGAACGGGACAAGAACCAAUUGGGUUCUUCAUGAAUAUCGCCUUGUUGAUUCAUAUGGAGAGAGCAAGAAUUGGGUACUGUGCAGAGUGUUCUUGAAGAAGAGGAGCAAUAAUAGUAACAAGAGGAAAGAAGAUGAGAGAGAGAGAGAAAGUGAAGACAAGAAGAGUACUUGUCCGAUAUUCUAUGACUUUAUGAGAAAAGACAGGAAGAGAAGAAGUUGCUGCGAUUUGAAUUUGACUCCUACGUGUUGUUCUUGUUCUUCUUCUUCUUCUUCUGCGUCUUCGUCAGUUUGCUCAAGCGCUUUAACUCAGACAUCUUCUAAUGACUCUGAUAAUCACGAAGUAAUUAGUUGUCGGAAAAAUAAGUUUUGUCUGUUUCUGUAAGUAAAAUAAAACUUGGGAACAAGUUUCUUUUUAACUAUAAAUUAAGUAUGAUUACCAAGUGAUUACGCAAUCUAGACCAGUAUG